AUGCUGGUGGAGGAACAGUGGAUCGAUAUAGUGAUUUUGGAAGGGUAUUCGUUGGAAGUCCUUAUCAAAGAGGACAUGGAAUUGGUGCUUUCCUUGGGGGUCUUUUUCGGCGCAUUCUGCCCUAUCUGGGAAGCGCAGCCAGAGCUGUCGCUCACUGGCCGCGGAUCUGCCAAGACAUCCAAAACUCGGAAGAAUAAAAAGAAGAGACCCGUUGCAAACAAAAAAAGCAAGAAAGUGAAAAAAGUAACGAGACACAAAUCAAAGCAGAAGACUCGCCAUGGAGAAGAAUAUAUUGAUUUGGCACAUACCAUGAUCAAAGUUCGUGCCAGAAUUCUGAAACCCGAUGGCUCUGCUGUACUCGAGGACUCUGUUGGUCCUGUGAAUAAUUUUUUACAUUCAAUGUUUAACCAAGUGGAUGUAUAUUUCAACCAAAAAGUUGUGACGCCUCCGAAUAAUCUAUGCAAAGUCCUCACAUCUCGGAUGUCGCUUUGGGCUACGGAUAGCUAUGGUGCAAUGGAUUCUCCUGCUGUAGCGGUGGGUGAUGCGAGAAACAAAAAUGGGCUAGUCUCACGUCAGGCCUUUACUAAAGGUGGAAAAGCAUUUGAUUUACUGGGACAUUUACAUUGUGACGUGUUCAAUCAAGAUAAGUUUUUGAUGAAUGGCGUAGAGCUACGCGUUCGUCUUAUCCGUGCAAAGGACGACUUUUGCCUUAUGGACGAUAGUGCCCUGAAUUAUAAGCUGCGUAUAGUAGAAGCCUCCUUGAUUGUUCGUCGUGUCAAACUCAGCCCUGGAAUUUUGAUAGCUCAUGCUAAAACGCUUCUGCCUAAAAGAAUCAUACUGGGAUUUGUUGCAAAUGCCAGUUUCAACGGCUCGAGGAAGAAGAAUCCCUUCAACUUUCAAAAUUUUGGGAUAAACUUUUUAUGUCUGAAUGUCGAUGGACGUCAAGUACCUACAAAACCUCUGCAGCCAAGUUUCACCUCUGGCGUCUGCCUAGAUGUGGAAGCAUUCAACACACUAUUUGCUGAAAUUGAUUCCACAAGACAGGUUAUUGUCGACUACAGUGGAUGA